AUGAAUAGACAUCAGCUGCAGAGCUUCUUGAAGAGAAGUCUCCAAGAGCACAAUGGUGAGCUGGCUUUUACAAUUCUGGAAGACAUCAGACUGGAUGAAAGAAUGCAACUCGAGGCGGCCGAUUAUUCACUGGGGAUUUCUUCAUGUGCUAGAUCCAAGCUAUGGCAACGGGCAUUAAGGUUGUUCGCUGUCAUGCCGAAGGCGGCAGUUCAGCAAAAUGUCAUCACAUACAGUGCAGCCAUUAGCGCCUGUGAGAAGGGUGGUCAGUGGCAGACAGCAUUGAGCUUGCUGUCUGGCAUGGUGGAGGCGAAGGUGCAGCCGAAUGUGUUCAGCUACAAUGCAGCCAUUAGUGCCUGCGAGAAGGGCAACCAAUGGCAGCAAGCGUUGAAGUUGUUUGAGGUCCUACCCAGUACAAACACGUUUCCAGAUGCCAUAACUUACCUUGCGGCCAUCAGUGCGUGUCAGAGCGGCGGACACUGGCAGCAAGCAUUGAAGUUGUAUGAGGUCAUGCCAAAAGUAAGCAUUCAACCAGAGGUGAUCACAUACAGUGUUGUGAUGAGUGCCUGCAGGAAAGGAAGCAAUUGGAAGCUCGCGUUGAACUUGUUUUCCAUUGCCAUGCCACAUUCAAACCUUCAGCCCAACGUGUUCAGCUACAACGCAGCACUCAGUUCCUGUGAGGAAGGCGGACAAUGGCGGCAUGCACUGACACUACUUGAGGUCAUGAGAAUUGCAAGACGUCGGCCAGAUGUGAUCAGUUACAAUGCAGCUAUUAGUGCUCGUCAGCAGGGCGGGCAGUGGCAGUCUGGGCUGAAGUUAAUAGAAAUCAUGCUCACAACUCAAGUGCAGGCAGGUGUCAUCAGUUGCAAUGCUGCCAUCAGUGCCUGUGAGAAGGGCGGGCAAUGGCUGCAAACGGUGAACUUGUUUGAGUUUAUUUCAAGAAGGCAGGUACUGCCAGAUUUGAUUACCUACAACGCUGCUAUCAGUACUGCCGAGAAAGCAAACCAAUGGCAGCUUGGCUUGAUGUUUUUAGAAGCCAUUUUGAAGGUGCGAUUGAAGCCAGAUGUUAUCAGUUACAACGCAGCCAUGAGUGCCUGUGAAAAAUGCGAGCAAUAUUUGUAUGCUUUGGACUUGUUCGGUGCAAUGCCGGAGACACAAGUUCGGCAAGAUGUCAUUAGCUACAGUGCUGUCAUUAGUGCCUGUCAGAAGACGUGGCAAUGGCAACAGGCACUACAUUUGCUUGAAGCCAUGCCAGAGGCAAGCGUUCAACCCGAUGUCAUCACCUACAGUGCUACGAUAAGUGCAUGUGAGCAGCUUGGGCAAUGGCAGCAAGCCAUUUGGUUGUUUCAUGCAAUGAAUAGGACAGACGAUCAGCCAGAUGUGAUUUGCUACAAUGCCACCAUCAGUGCCUGUGAGAAGGGUGGGCAUUGGCAAGGAGCAUUAAUGUUAUUCAAUGCAAUGUCGGACAAGCAAGUUCAGCAAACCGUCAUUAGCUACAACGCAGCCAUCAGUGCCUAUGCAAAGGGCGGGCAAUGGCAGAAAGCUUGGAGUUUGUUUGAAGCAAUGCCAAAAUCAAAGCUUGCACCAGACAUGAUAUCUUUCAUGGCAUUUUUCGACAACCCUGCAAUCCAAAACGGUCAGAUCGGAAGCCCCUUUUAUGAGCAGUGCCAUGCACUCCUCAUGCGCAACCUAUGCUUUUCACGGUCCGUUUCCAGAUGA